AUGGCUCUGAAGAGAAUCCAUAAGGAACUGAACGACCUGGCGCAGGAUCCCCCCGCACAGUGUUCAGCAGGCCCUGUCGGCGAAGAUAUGUUCCACUGGCAAGCUACAAUCAUGGGGCCAAAUGACAGCCCCUAUCAGGGAGGGGCGUUUUUCUUGACAAUUGACUUCCCAACAGAGUACCCCUUCAAACCACCUAAGGUUGAAUUUACAACAAGAAUUUAUCAUCCAAAUGUUAACAGUAAUGGCAGCAUUUGUCUUGAUAUUCUUCGCUCACAGUGGUCUCCAGCACUAACUAUUUCAAAAGUACUUCUGUCCAUCAGUUCUCUGUUGUGUGAUCCCAAUCCAGAUGAUCCCUUAGUGCCUGAGAUUGCUCAGAUCUACAAAACAGAUAGAGAAAAGUACAACACAACAGCCCGGGAGUGGACUCAGAAGUAUGCCAUGUGA